CUUUGUCAUGAGAUAGAAAACAUUCAAUUAAAAGGAAUAUAAUUCGAAUUAGUUUGUGAUUAAUAAGAUUUGUUUUUAUUAUAGAAAUGAAACUAUAUUGUAUUAAAUAAGAGGAACGAACCAAUCCAUAACCACCAGUAAGCAUUCCAAGAUCACUUCCUCUCGGUAGAAAUAAUAAGUAUCUCCAAUUAGUUUAGAAGAGUGAAAAUUGCAUAUCAAUUUAAAAACAAUGGUGUGUUGUAGAUAAAUUCAUGAGAGCUUUAAACAAGUUAUAAAUAGCUUAAAACAAAAUAUAAAAUUAACCAAAGUACCCUUUUGUGUUAUAACUGUCUAUAAAUGAAUUUAUCGUAUAAAUAGUGUAAAUUCUAAGGUUCAUUUGGGUACCAAUAAAGUAGAAUUAGCAAUGUCUAAUGAGCUUUCUUUUUACUCCAAUUUUCAGCCGAUUCAAUACUGUUGUCCUCCUCCAGUUAACACACCAACUCCAACUAUCAAACUUCCUAUUCAUAAAAAACGGGAAGUUAAUGUUCUUCAAGACCAGAAAGACACUAAGAAUAUCCCUAAGAAUUACUGCAAGAGUAUCAUCACUUUUGCUUGCAAAAAUUAAAAUCUCUGUCUUGAAAUACUUAAAGACUAGUUGAAAGUGGUUAAAUUCUUGGAAAAGAUUACUGUUUACAAAAAAUUACUACUAAACAUAAGAAUAUUCAGUAGUCUUUUGUAACACUCUGAAGAUCCUGAAGAAGAGGAAUUUAGAAGGGCUUUCAGAAUCAUCAGGUAAUUUCAUAUACUAUAUUAAAAGUCGGAUAUUUAUCAAGAAAUAUGCUAUAAACUAUAUUUUUAACUCUAAGAUAGUCUAGCAUAACUGGCAUAUGAGAUAUAGAUCAUAGAUAUAUAAGGGAGUUAAAAAUCCAAACAAUUUUUCACAUAUUAAAAACUUAUGAAAAAAGUUUGAUUGAAUC